AGAUUGAUUAAAAAUGGCGAAAAAUAAAAAGAGAGACCCAAGAUAUACCAAGUCGAGAGCCGUGAAAAAUUCAGCCAAGAAAGCCGCCGCCGCAGCUGUAUUAAAAAGGAGGCAGCUGAAAGAAGAAAGAGAACGUUUAGCUGGAGAUCAAGAGCUGGUAAUCGAUUUUGAUACUGUACCGGAGGCUCAAGAUCAGGAGGAGGAGGCGGUUGCCGUCGAGGAGCCGGUCGAGGAGCCGGUCGAGGAGCCGGUCGAGGAGCCGGUUGAGAAGCCGGAUGAGGAGCCUGGUCAGGAGUUGGUUGCUUCGCAGCGGCCGGAACUUGAUCAGGAUCCGGAAAUAGAGGAUGAAUCAUCUGCCUCAGAGGAUGAUGAACAAAAAGCUGGGACAGAAGAAGAGGAGCCGGUGGUAGAGCCAUUAACCCCGAAAGACGUUACAGUUCAACUUGAACGAUUGGAUCUAUCACCGGCGACGCUUCAAAGACUCAAAAGAGUUCAAAAAGCGAAAAAAAGAAAGGAACGUGAAGACAGUUCAAAGAGUGGCUCCUCCCCACCAAAACGAACCAGAAGUCAGACCCGAAGACCAAUUAGUGCAGGGUCUUCUUCUGAAACGGCCGAUCCCGAUGGUGAAGUAACACGGCACUACACAGGGAAAAAGGUCGGUCUCACGAACGCGACUUUGAGGUGUCGUGGGCCUCGCGUUCUUACAGCGCAUCCGUUCCGGCUGGCCAAAAAAAUGAACUCAGAUUCGGCCAAGCUGAACAUGCAAAAGAAGGCCGAUGCCAAAAAAGUCGCCCAACAUAAAGCCGUCAACCGGAAUUGGAAAGAAUGCAAAGUCUGGGGCGACGUUGGGAGACAAUCACGGGCUGAUGAUGAUUCACCGAGGCCUCAGUUCCAGGAAAGGGCAAUUCAGUUUGCACCCCUAGAAGAACCAGGCCCCGUGUUGAGUCAAUUCAGUCGUUUUUUGACUCCCCUCGGAGUUUUUAAGUCGAUGCUUGGUGGUGAGGACACUUUGUACCUUCUUCGGGAGGCAACAAAUGACUACAUCGCUGAAUUCUGGAAUUCAAGGAAGACGCCACCGUCUCGAAAAGUGGGUGGCAAGCCUGAAGGCAGGUUAAUCGGCCCGCGGUUGCCUGCUGGAGGUUUUGUCACAGACCACGAACUUAUAGCCUUCUUUGGCAUACAGUUCUUGAUCGGAUAUCACCGUCUGCACGAGCUGUCGAUGUUCUGGGAGCAGCAACCAGACACUGGUCUCGUGCUCGGAAUAAUUCAACAGGCCAUGACUCGCGAGCGAUUCAAAUUCAGUUCUAAACACAUAGCUUGCGCAAGCCCAUGGGAUGAUGUUGACCCUAAUUCUGACGACCCGGAUCAGGAUCCAGAGCGACCGGAUCCUAUCCGUAAGAUCCGUCCUCUGGUCAAAAGACUCAAUGGACGCUAUCAUGAGUGUAGAAAGCCUCCUAGGGGUCACAGCAUCGACGAGUCUAUGGUCAAAUACAAAGGCCGCUCAAUGCUGAGGCAGACGAUGAAGAACAAACCGAUCAAGUCUGGUUUCAAAAUUUGGAGCCGCUGUUGCCAUCGUGGGUAUACCUAUAAGUUUGAGAUCUAUCAAGGAGCUCGCUUUGGGGAAAAGCAAAAAAGAUCUCGUAAUAACGAGGCGGUGGAGAGAGUUGUCGUUGAUCUUUGUCAACCCCUGACAGAUCAAGGUUUCGUAGUGGCCUUUGACCGGUUCUUUACGAGCAUUGCCCUCUUGGACAAGCUCCGCGAGAAUGGUGUCAACGCCGUUGGAACGAUUCUUCCAAGUCGGGUCAACCAGCCCAUCAUGACGAAGAAUGAGUCGAACCUAAGGCCGGACGAAUUUGCAGCCAAGUUCGGUGGUGAGCCCGGAACAUGCCGAAAGGGAAUCUUCGUAUGGAGAGACACUAAGGCGUUUCGGGUCGCUUCCAACUAUCACGGCUCAGAUAUUGUCAAGGUCAGGAGAAAGCAGCGUGAUGGUUCGUUCCGAUCCAAGUCUUGUCCAAAGGCUAUUGACGAUUACGUCAAUAACAUGGGCGGUGUAGACACGGCGAACCAGCUGCGUUCUUACUACGAGAGAGACCGUAAAGCCAAAAAAUGGUGGCACCGUCUCUUAUACUCUCUCUUGGAGACAUGUCUGGUGAACAGCUGGAUAUGCUUCAAUGAUAUGGUCGAGGAAAAUUAUCUGGAGACUUACGAAGUUCAGAUGCCGUUUCUCGAGUUCAAACGGAACGUCACGAUGGGUCUUUUGUCCCACGCCCUGAACGAAAAUAAAACCAAAGCUGGUCGAGCCGGGCGAAUGAUGCCAACCAUUCACCCUUCCGCUGAACCAGGAGCAAAGCGGCGGAAAAGUCGACUGAGUGUAAGGGACGACAUUCGGUUAACUUGUGUGGGCAACCAUCUACCCAUCUUUGGGGAGGCGAGAGGCAGGUGCGAGUGGUGCCAGGCAACGACACCAAAAAAAUUGGAAUCAAGACCAUUCUCAAAGUGCAAACAAUGUAAUGUGUUUUUGAGCCUCGGGAAGAAGAGAAAUUGCUUUGUCGAGUAUCACGAUGAUAAUUACACAUCUGUGGAGGCUCCGCUGGACGAGGUGGAAGCUGUCUAUUCCGCUUCGGAGGAAUCAGACGGCCAAGCUUCUGACCAUGAGCCAACCAACAAGGAGUGUUCUUCUUCAUCCGCUGAUUCCGACGAGCCAGAAGACCCUGAUUACCGUGAUGGAUUUGUAAUUGAUGAAUAUGAUGAAUUCCAGCAAUAAAUUUGUGUUUUGUUCGUA